CUCGCCAGCCGAAGGGCGAGGCUGCCCUUGGAGAAGGAGGCGAGUGCGCCGCUCGGUUCCUCCGCCUCCUCCUCUCCUCCUCCUUCCCGGAGAAGCUUCGCCGGCCGGCCGGGCUCCAGCGCUUCGGGGAGGCAGGGAAGGAGGGGGAAGCGGAGGGAGGCAGGCGGGCGGCAGGCAGCCGGCGCGGCUCGCGGGGGUCAUGGAGCGCUGGAAGAACCGGGUGGCGCUGGUCACGGGCGCCUCGGUGGGCAUCGGAGCGGCCGUGGCUCGGGCGCUGGUGCAGCACGGGCUGAAAGUGGUGGGCUGCGCCCGGAGCGUGGACAAGAUCGAGAAGUUGGCAGCUGAGUGCGAGAGUGCUGGGUAUCCGGGCGUCCUCAUCCCAUAUAAGUGUGACCUCUCAGUGGAAGAAGAGAUUCUCUCCAUGUUCUCCGCCAUCAAGACUCUCCAUCAAGGGGUUGAUGUCUGCAUCAACAAUGCUGGCUUGGCACGGCCAGAACCUCUGCUGUCUGGAAAGACCGAGGGUUGGAGAACCAUGAUAGAUGUCAAUAUCUUAGCGGUCAGCAUCUGCACGCGGGAAGCUUACCAAUCCAUGAAGGAAAGAAAUAUUGACGAUGGACACAUCAUCAACAUUAACAGCAUGGGCGGUCACAGGGUCAUCCCAGAGUCGGUUGUACACUUUUACAGCGCCACAAAAUACGCUGUCACGGCUUUAACCGAAGGGCUUCGGCAGGAACUAAGAGAAGCAAAGACACACAUACGAGCCACCUGUAUUUCUCCAGGUCUGGUCGAGACCGGAUUCGCUUUUAAACUGCAUGAUAAUGAUCCAGAAAGAGCUGCGGCCACAUAUGAGAGUAUUAGGUGUUUAAAAGCUGAAGAUAUGGCCAACGCUGUAAUAUAUGUUCUCAGCGCCCCACCUCAUGUACAGAUCGGCGAUAUUCAGAUGAGACCCACCGAACAAAUGUCGUAGCUAAGGAAGAAGAGGAUGGGACAACCUUUCUCCAAACAGGGUUUUCUUCAGAUGACGGAUGACUUUCUAAGGGCCUUAUGGGGCGGCCUGACCCACAGCCCCUUCGCCCACGUAGCUCUCUUCAACUGAGCUCACCUCAGUGGAAACUAACAGGAAAAUCCAGGCUUCACCAUAACUCCUCCACUCACCCCUUGGUUCUCCCCACCAUGGUUAAUUUGUAAGCAACGGUUCCCAGCACACUACAUCACCGGAUUCUGAUUUUCGGGGAAUCUACCAACAGUAGAUCUGGACGGCGAACGUUUCAUGAACCGAUUCCUUCAGCUUUCCUUUGGGACUUGCAACCAAUGUACGAUUUUCUGGAAAUGCAUUGAAACCGAAACGC